CAGGGCGGCGGUGCUUGCGGAUGUCCCGAGGGGGUGAGGCGGUGUUUGUAUUAUUACCGAUGAAGGUGGUGGCACCUCUUGCCGUUUCCUUCUGGAACAAAAGGAGCGGGAGCAGGUUUGAAAGCGGAGCGAUUGGUAAAUUCACUGCGAUCGGUUCAGUGCGGCCUGAACGGAUCCUGUGUUGAGGCCGUUGUGUGCAGGCUGAGGCCUCGGGUUUGUUGUGGGCCCUUUCGCCCGAGCCUAUCAUCAUCACCCUGACCAUGGAGGGGGAUGUCCUAGACACGCUGGAAGCCCUGGGGUACAAUGGACCCUUGUUGGAAGAGGAUGCUCUUUUGAAAGCAGUUGAGAUGGGGCCGGUCUCUUCAGAAUUUACUGAACUUUGUGUGUGGUUAUCAUCACAGAUUAAACUGUUGUGUAAUUUGGAAGAAUGUAUAAAUUCUACUACCAGUGCCGAUGAUGUAGAAAGCUUUCUGCUGGAGAUUAAUGGCUUCCUAAAAGAGAUGUCGUGCCCUUUUUCAUCACUGCUCGCAGGAGAUUUCAAAGAAAGACUAAAAAAGAAGGAAGACUGCUUAAAACUUCUUUUAUACUUAUCAUCUGAGCUUCAAACCGCUAGGAUCCUAUACUCUAAAUCUCCACCAGUGUCUAAAGAUGAAGGCAAUGAAGAAGUUCGGCAAGAAAUUAGAUCUAUCUGUGCAACAUUGAGUGUGCCCUGCCCUGUAUCUGGUGCUGCCGAUGCACAUUUAUUUAAGAUUCUGGAGGAAAAGGUGAAAAACAUCAUUUCCAAGAUUCCCAAAAGCCACAUGGGAGAACCGUUGCUAAAGCUAACAUUAACCCCUGACCAUUGGGAAAAACUCAUGGCAAUAAAUGAUGCUUUCACAAAUGAGUAUGAGGUGCGCAGAAGAAUGUUAAUCAAACGUUUGGAUGUGACUAUCCAGUCAUUUGGCUGGUCAGACAAAGCCAAGGCAAAUACAGAUAAUAUGGCAAAAGUGUAUCAACCAAAAAGGCACACUUUGUCCCAGGGAUCUACUGUAACACUGGCACACCUCUUGGCAGCCCGUGAGGAUUUAUCCAGGAUUUUAAAGACCAGCAGUGGUUCCUUAAGAGAACGGACAUCCUGUGCCAUUAACAAGGUUAUGAUGGGAAGAGUGCCUGAUCGAGGAGGUCGGCCAUCUGAAAUAGAAGCACCACCACCGGAGAUGCCGCCCUGGCAGAAGAGACAAGAUGGAGGGAGAGGUGGAGGGCGUGGUGGAGGUGGCUGGGGUGGUGGCCAGGGAGGUGGCAGGGGUGGUGGAGGGAGAGGUGGCCAAGGUGGAGGUUGGGGCGGGGGAGGCCAAGGUGGAGGUUGGGGCGGGGGAGGCCAAGGUGGAGGCUGGGGUGGGGGUGGAGGUGGAGGCUGGGGUGGAGGUGGAGGUGGAGGAGGUCAGGGGGGUGGUUGGGGUGGAGGUGGUGGUCAUGGAAGUGGAGGUGGUUAUGGAGGGAGAGGUGGUUAUGGAGGAAGAGGUGGCUAUGGAGAUAUGGGUAACUACGGAAGAGGUGGCUAUAGACGGUACUGAAUGGGCAUUAAAUUAUUGCAACCUAUUCUUUAAUGCUUGUGUAAAGAUUGAACUCCUAGUUACAUUUGUUAGUCACUAUAGCAAAGUGUGAAGGUUGAAUCUGUAACUGUAAAUUGAUUAUUUUAUCUACUCAAUUGAGAAGAGAAUGAGCCAUGAUGUCGUCCUUUUUAAGGUAGAUAAUUGAGGAUUUUUUUAAGACUUCUCAUAGAUACAACACCAUAGAAACUGUUUACUACUGUAAUAAAAGUCAUUUUUUUAAACA